AUGAAGCUGACAUCAUGUACAAGAACCAGACAGAAGAAGCUAGAAGCUAAGAAAUCAAAGCUGAAACCAGCCAAAGUGAUAUCAAUCAUGACAACACAAAAUGGAGAUCAUUGCAAAACCCAAAUUUUAGAGGCAGGAAGAAAGGAUGAAAACUGCUGCUGGCAGGAAAAUGAGGAUGAGGAGGAUGAAGAGCAUGAGGAAACAAGAGAAAGGGUCCCCUUAAUGUUGGAGAAUCCAGCAAAGGGAGGAUUAACUUUCAAUGAAAUGCAGGAAACAGAAGUGCCAGUUUGCAGUAAGACCAAAUCAGAGCACAGUCAUCUUGCCAUCAAAACAGGAGCUAGCAUUGGAAAAUUAAGUGCCAUCACUCAAAUCAAGCUGGAGCAAUAUAUGGAUCAGGAAGCAGAGUCAUUGCAUAUCCAAGAUUUAGAGAAAGAAGGAGCACAGACAAAUGAACAUAUAAGAGAUAUCCAACAAGAAGAAGGAAGUUCUGUACAACACCUGAAGAAGGAACACAUAAAUGAGCAUAGAGAUGAAGACAGUGGGGACAAGGCAGAAGAAUCAGGGGAGAAAGCCAAGGAAUUUGGGAAAGAGGAUGAAGAAGACAAGGAGAGUGAGACUAAAGCAGUUGUUGAAGACAAAGUGGAAAAUGGCUGUGCAACAAGCAAAUUGCCCAACAAUGAAGACAGUGAGAAAGUGUGGCAAGAAAAUUAUAGUGGCUCAAGUGGGGGCAUGGAGACUGCUGUAGCUGUUUAUUUAUUUAUUUAUUUAUUUAUUUGUUAUUUGUCCCGUGGAUCAAAUCAGUACAAUGGCUUGUACAACUGA